AUGCCUAAGAACAAGGGCAAGGGCGGCAAGAACCGCAGACGUGGCAAGAACGAGUCCGACCACGAGAAACGUGAACUUACCUUCAAGGAAGAUGGCCAAGAAUACGCCCAGGUCGUCAAGAUGCUCGGCAACGGCCGUCUAGAAGCCGCCUGCUUCGACGGCGUCAAGCGCCUCGGCAACAUCCGAGGCAAGCUGCGCAAGAAGGUCUGGAUCAACCAGGGCGACAUCAUCCUCCUCUCCCUCCGCGAGUACCAGGACGACAAGGGCGACGUCAUCCUCAAGUACACCGCGGACGAGGCCCGCUCCCUCAAGGCCUACGGCGAGCUCCCCGAGAGCGCCAAGAUCAACGAGACCGACACCUACGGCGCCGACGGCGACGCCGACUGCAACUUUGAGUUCGAUGAGGACCGUGAUGAGUCGGAUGACGAUUCUGACGACGCUGGUGGCAAGAAGGAAAUUUCCAUCGACGACAUUUAA